UAUGAUCUCUGAAUCAAUAGUGUAUGUUUGGGGAGGUAUAAUCUCUAUUAAACAUUUUAGCUGACAAUGAAGGAUAAUUGGGAUUGGGCAAGAAUAGAGGAUCUUCUUAAUACUAUCAUAUACCAAAGAUUUGUCAUUACAAAAUAGGGUUUAUCUAAGUCUCUUGUGGAAAAGAUCACACUGCUCUUUUGACUUAAAAUGGCCAUGUCUAUACAAUGGGUUGCAAUGAACAUAAUAAAUUAGGACAUGCAACUAAAUAGUCUCUAUAUGCACCUUAAAAAAUAGAAUAAUUAAGCAAGUACAAACUCUGAUAUUAAAAAGAGAGUUAUACAAGUUUCUUGUGGUUAUACUCACACUGCAUGUAUUACAUCUGAUGGAGCUUUAUUUACUUGGGGAGACAAUACUAGUGGUUAAUUAGGAGUCAAAUAAAAUAGUAAUUUAAACAAAGUUAAUACUCUUACAAAUUGUAUUUAAGUUUCAUGUGGCAAUAAACAUACAUUAGUAUUAACAGGUAUUUUAAUAUAUAAAUAAUAUUUAAGAUGCUUAGGAAUGUUUUGGAUUUGGAUUGAAUGAUAAUUCUUAAUUAGGAAUCUAAAGAUUGAAAACAGUUGUAGAACCUACAAAAAUUAAAUUGCCUACCUUAUAAUAGAUAUUUGCAGGUAAUUAAUUUUCAAUGUUCUUAACUCAAGAUGGAAUUGUGUAUAUAUGUGGAUUAGGUUUUGGAAAUUUAUAAAAAUUAAACUAUAAAUGUAAUAAGUUCUACUUAUAAAUAGAAAAAUUUAUUAAAAUAGAUGGGAAGAGUACUCCAAUAGGUUUGACUUCAACAAAUGAAUUAAUCUUUUUUGAAUUAGAUGAAUAGCUUAUGAAUAUCAAAGAUUUUUGUAUGGGGGAAUUAAUUGGAAUGUGUAUAGGAGAUAAAGCUUAUUAAUGGCAAUUUGAUCCAGAAUAGAAAAGAAUUACUCAAUUAAAAUCAAUUGAUCAAUUAUAUUCAAAAUAGUUAAUACAUUUUUCAGCUGGUAAUAGUCAUUUGAUAUGCAUUGAAUAAAAGGGAUCAUCUUCAUUUAUUGAGAGUAUUUGUAGUUCUACUACAACACUAAGAGGGAAACAUGAGGAAAGAAGUAAAAGCAAUUAUAUUGAAAAAUAAGAUGGCAAUUAGAAUUAAAGAAUUUAAUAACUAGAAAAAUAAUUAGAGGAGAAAGAUAGAUUAAUUUAAUAAAUGAAAGUAGAUUACCAAUCUAAAAUAUAAUAGAUGUAAUAAAAAUAAAAAGAAAUGGAGGUUUAAUUGUAAAAUAAGGAUAAAGAAAUAGCGAAAUUGUAAUUAUAUUAUUUGAAAAUAUUAGAACUAUAGAAUUACAUCGUUUAUAAGAAGAUCAUUAGAAUAAGAAUUCAGAUUCAGAAAUAUUAUAAUGUCAUGUACAAGAGGAAAUAAGUGAUGAUGAUGAAAGUGAUGUAAAAGUUUUAAAAAAAUAAACAUCAUUACCCUAUUAGUAACCAACUCUGACUUAUCAUCACACUUCUCAUUCUUAGUUAUAAAACUAUUCAUAUCAAUAGUAAGUGAAGAGUCCUGUUAAAAGCAUAAUUUAAGAAAAUUAAUAUGAAGAUAGUCUGUAGAAAAAUAAAUUCUGUAAAACCGAUCAUGAUAGGGAAGCUAAAUAUUAAUCUUUAGAAAAGUAAAAGAAAAAGGAAGUAUUAAAUGAGAGACCUUAAAGUUUAAUAAGGGAGAAGAGUAAUAAUAAUAAUAAUGAGAAGACGAAUCUUUCUACAAUUAAAUCAAGAUUAACAGAUUUGUAGAAAAAUAAAGAGCAACUUGAAUAAAGAAUGAGACAAUUUGAAGAUCGUCUAAGGGAAAAUAAGUUAUAUACAAAGUGA